AUGUGGCCAACGUACUUUGAGCAGGGGAGGGAGCAUCCCAUGGGAUUUGAUGGGAAGGCCAAGUACUUAUUCCCUUGGCUCUUGUCUACAUCACAGCUACAUGGUAGCUCGAUCCUAAGCAAUGAGAUCAGCAUGUCCCACCACCAGGACAAAAGAAAACCUAUGAAGUGGCGAAAUGCUGGUCUCUGGGGAUCAAUGGCUGAUUUUUUGUAUGCCAAUCAGGCCUACAAAUAUGUUUUUACAUCUCCAAGCUUGGUCGACAGGGAGUUGAAGGCCACACAAUCUGGUAAUGCCCACCUCCACAGCAUGAUAUCUGUUACCAUCGCCUCAAUAGCAUACAUCACAACUCAGGCUUUAAUUUAG